GUGCCGAUCGCCACGCGUAGUCCACGAUCCGCAGUCGAAGAGCUCGGUGGUGUUCCAGGUGCAGUGCCAGUCCCCACUUUCAGUUUCACUUCAGAGGCGAUUCAGCUACAGCUAAUCCACUUCCCCUGAGUUCCGAGCGAAGUCCGCCGAUUUGAAUACAAGCACCUUUUGGUGACCCACAGCCUGCUCGAAAUGGAGAUCAUUCUACGAUUGUUGGCCUUUGUGCUGAAUGCCUUUGGCAUGCUGGUGAACAAGAUAUUGGAUUUGGUACUGCCACGUCAGAAGCCCAAAUACCCGGGCAUUCGUAAUCCCCUGCUCAAGAAGUCCGUAAUUGAACUGGUCACCCAUUUGCGACGCGGUGAGAUCACCUCGGUGGAGUUGGUAAGCGCAUAUAUAGCACGAGUCCAGGAGGUCAAUCCCUCUUUGAAUGCCGUCAUCGAGGAUCGGUUCGAGGCUGCUCUGCAGGAUGCCAGACUGGCGGACCAGUUCAUCGCAAAGGCGAGCUCAGAGUUCGAUCGGGUGGCCCUGUACACCAAGUAUCCCAUUCUGGGCAUACCCUUUACAGUCAAGGAAUCGUGCGGUCUUAAGGGAUUAUCCUUCGCCGUGGGCAGUCUUGCUCGCAAGAAUAUGAAAGCUGCCCAGGAUGGCGAGGUGGUAGAGCUAGUUCGGGCUGCCGGUGGCAUACCCCUUCUGGUAUCUGCCAAUCCCGAGUUUUGCAUGAGUUUCGAGACGAGCAACAAUAUCCAGGGGCGUUGCCUAAACCCCUACGACCUGAAACGCACUUCCGCCGGAUCUUCGGGUGGCGAGGGAUCCUUGAAUGGUAGUGGAGCCACUACUUUUGGAGUGGGCUCCGAUAUCAGCGGUUCCAUUCGCCUGCCUGCCUUGUUCUGCGGUGUUUUUGGCCACAAGCCCACUGGUGGACUUACAACGGUCAAGGGACACUUCCCAUACUCACUGACGGACAAGAAGUUCCCGAAGAUGCUGCAGAUUGGUCCCAUCACAAGAUUCGCCAGGGAUUUGCCUUUGCUGUUAGAAAUCAUGGCGGGCGAUAACAAGCACAAGCUGAAAAUGUCAGAACCAGUGGCCCUGAAGGACAUGAAGGUAUACUAUGCCUUUGGGUACUCGGGAUUUAACUCUCUUACCCAUCCCGCGGUGGACUUUGAUAUUAAGCUGGCCAUUACCAAGGCCGUCAAGUGCUUGGAAAGCGGCGGAGUUCAGGCCAAGAAGUUGGAUCUUAAAUUCCUCAGCAACUCUCUGGAGGUUGCCCUGGUUUCUCUGGUGGACUUGAAGGGACUGCCCAGUAUUGUGACCCAGCGUGCAGAUCGGGAUCCCUCGAUGCGUUUGCUGAUGGUGGAGCUCUUCAAUAGCAUUAUAGGUCACUCGAUCUUCACCAAAGAGGCGAUGGUUCUCGAGGUGAUGAAGCGUUUCAAUGGCCUAAUGGCCUCUGGCAACAUGGAGGAGUAUCGCGCAGAUGUCCAGAAGAUCAAAAGCCAUUUGAAUCAACUACUUGGCACUCGAGGAGUCCUCAUCCUGCCCACCUUCCACACCAGCGCCCUCUGCUUCCACACCUCACUGUUGAAUGUCACGGGGAUCGAUAAUAUGCUGCUCUUCAACGUCCUUGGCCUGCCCGCCACCCAUGUGCCCAUGGGGAUUAGCCAAAGGGGGAUGCCAAUUGGGUUACAGGUGGUGGCCGCCCAAUAUCAGGACAAGCUCUGCCUAAAGGUCGCCGCCGAGCUAGAGGCCGUCUUCCACGGAUGGGUGCCACCGGUCCCACAUGCCACCGACACCAAGUGAAGAUCCCUAUUCUAUCCAGUUAAGGUUAAAGGUUAAAAUUUGUUUAAAGUUCUAGUAGUGUUGUAUAGAUAAAAGUGAAGUUCUUUAAUAUAUAUAUAUAGGCCAUCAAAUUUUA